AUGAGUUCUUCUUCGACACCUCCUUCGAAUAAUCGAUCACGCGUUAAACUAUACACACUCAAUGAAGAACGACAGUGGGACGAUCGUGGUACUGGCUUUGUGACAUGUAUAUCUCCCACAUCAUCGAAUACAAAUCAUUCGAUUAUUGUUAAAUCCGAAGUCGACGGGUCAACUUUGCUUGAAUCAAAAAUUCAAUUGCAUACCAAAUAUCAAAAACAACAAGAAACGCUAAUCGUCUGGUCAGAAGGUGAAAAAUAUGAUCUAGCACUAAGUUUCCAAGAGAAAGCAGGUUGCGAUGAUAUAUGGGAAAGCAUUUGUGAUGUACAGGCCAAAGAUUCAUCGUCGUUUUUGGCGACAGGAAAUAAUUUAACAACUGAUUCGGCAAUUUACGAGUCCGAUGAUGAGUGCAUUGAACCGAAUGAAAACUAUCUUUCCUCAACGAUUAAUUUACCACCAGUUGAUCUCGGUCAUUUACGUGAUAUAUGCGAGUUAUUCAGUCCGGAAAAAGUUCGUGAUGCUACUCGUCGAGAUUUCCUUGCGCGUGCAAUUGAAUCGGACAAUUAUGUUCGAAAGUUAAUCGAUUUAUUUCGUAUCUGCGAAGAUUUAGACAAUCUCGAGUCUCUACAUCAACUCUACGAAAUCAUUCGUUCGAUAUUUUAUUUAAAUAAGUCCACACUAUUCGAGAUUUUGUUCAGCGACGAAUUCAUUAUGGAUGUGAUUGGUUGCUUAGAAUACGAACCGCAAUUGAAUCUAAAAACCAAACGGAAUCAUCGAGAGUUCCUAAAUAAGAAAGCAACAUUCAAAGAAGUCAUUCCGAUUGGAAAUCAAGAGUUAUUAGUUAAAAUUCAUCAGACAUAUCGCAUUCAAUAUAUUCAGGAUGCAAUUUUACCAGCGCCAAGUCUAUUCGAAGAAAAUCUCCUUUCGACAAUGAAUAGCUUUUUAUUUUUUAACAAAGUCGAAAUCGUUACGUUACUUUAUGAAGAUCCAAAGUUUCUUACUCAAUUGUUUUCAACGUUGAAAGAUGAUAAUCUACCGGAUGACAAACGCAAAGAUCUGAUGCUGUUCCUAAAAGAAUUUUGCGUCUUUUCACAAACAUUACAACAACAAAACCGAGAUAAUUUCUUUCAGGCACUUGCAACUCAUGGUAUUCUGAAUGUAAUUCAAGUAAUGCUUAGUCUUGACGAUGUGACCACUAAACAAGCUGCACUCGAUGUCUUUGCUUCGAUUGUUGAAUGUAACCCAUCGACCGUUCGGGAAUAUAUGCUACAAGAAGCUCAAUCAAUCCAAGAUGACGAUGAAUUACUUUUGAAUUUAGUCAUUUCAGAGAUUCAAAGUGACCCAGAUCCAGAACUAAGUGGUGCAUUGAAUCUAAUGAACUAUUUGAAAUUACUAAUCGAUCCGGAAAACAUGAUGGCUGUGUCAAUCAGUGAAAAAACAGAGUUUUUAACGUUCUUUUAUAUUCGUUCAAUGUCUGUUUUACUCGCACCAUUAAUGGCCAAUACGUCCGACUUGAAACUAGUUCGCGAUGAUUUUCAUCUUGCUCAAUUGCAAAAUCUAAUUCUCGAUUUCGUCACAUUUUGCAUUGAACAUCACACAUAUCAUAUGAGAAAUUUUCUUAAUAAAAAAGAUUUACUAAGACGCGUGCUCGUCUUACUCAAAUCCAAACAUCAAUUUCUUCAACUAAGUGCACUUCGUUUCUUGCGAAAAAUCAUUGGUUUAAAAGAUGAACAGUAUAGUUUGAAUAUUGCUCGAAAUAAUCUCUUUGCACCUAUUGUUGAUGCAUUUAAAGCAAAUAAACGACGGUAUAACUUAUUGAACUCUGCAUUAAUUGAAUUGUUUGAAUUUAUUCGACACGAAGAUAUUAGGACAUUAAUUAACUAUUUUGUGGAAAACUUCUAUUCAGAAUUCGAAUCGAUCACGUAUGUGAAAACGUUUCGAGAUUUGAAAGUACGUUAUGAUGCUCAUCGCGAUAAACGUGAACGAAUACUCAGCGAAAGUUCGCCUACGAGUAGUACCUCUCGUUUUCAUGACAAUCUAAACACAACUCAUCUUCUAUCAAUUCAACGUCUUCGAAAAGACGAACGUGACCUCGAUGUGGACGAGGAGAAUUGGUUCAACGAUGAUGCCGACGAAAACAAAAUCAGUUCAUUCAAUCAUGGUACAGCAUUCGGUGAUACUUCCGAUGAUGAAGAUAGUCAACCAGAAACAACGAGUGCAAUUUCAACCAGUGAACCACCUAAAACUCAUCAUUCUACGACAGAUAAUGAUGACGAGGACGAAGAUGAUUUACCUACAUCAUCACGUUCGUAUAAACAAAAACCUAUUAUUAAUUUUCAUCUUCAACGUUCGCCUACACCUUCAACGUCAUCAAAUGCCACACUUCCUGCCGAUGCAUCUUCACCCUCAGCUGAAGCAGCAUCUCCAUAUGCGAUGAGUCCAGCAUUGUCGAGCAUUGCUGACCAGUACAAUGAUGAUGAUGAUGACGAAGAAGAGGAUGAAGAGAACAACAGAGGAGGAGGAGAAGGGGAAGAAGAUGAUGAUGAUGAUGAAAAUGAAGAUCAAGAAGAAGAAGAAGAAGAAACCAACAGUGAUCCAUAUUCGUUAACAAACAAACGUAAACUCGAUAAUAAUGAUGAUGAUGAACAUGAACAAAGCAAAUUGUUCAAAAAGACUAAUGAUGAAUCAUAA